AUGAUGAAACUUAUCGACAAGAUUAAGAACCACGGUCAUGAGAACGAGGCUGCGGCGGCCGAGAAGGCUAUUGCCGAGAGAGUUGCAGCAGAGAAGGCUACCGCUGCUGCAGAGAGGAGGCGGGAGCGGGAGCGUGGACCCAGGAUGCACCCUGACAUGCUGGAGCUUUAUGAGGUUACGGAUCACGUCCUCGGUGUUGGUACCUUUGCCACCGUCAAGGAGAUUAAGCUCAAAUCGACUGGCAAAUCCUAUGCGCUCAAGAUCAUCCUCAAAAAGUCGCUUCAGGGAAAAGGCACCAUGCUCAACACAGAGAUCUCAAUCUUGUCCAAGGUCAGACACCCCAACUGCGUCUCUCUGCUGGAAUUGUUCGAGACCGAGGAUGCAGUCUACCUGGUCACCGAUUUGGCCGAGGGUGGAGAGCUCUUCGACCAGCUCCUCAAGAAGGGAAGUUAUACCGAGGGAGAUGCUGCUCGUCUGGUCCGCGAGAUGCUGCUGGGUGUCGAGUACUUGCACGAGAUGGAUAUUGUCCACCGCGAUCUCAAGCCCGAGAACUUGCUCUUCAUGGACAAGACCGAUAAUGCUCGUCUCAUGAUCACUGACUUUGGUCUGAGCAAGGUCCUUACCAGCGGAAACGAUGUCCUUAUGACUGCCUGCGGAACCCCCGGAUAUGUUGCCCCCGAGGUUUUGGAGCAGAUUGGACAUGGCAAGCCUGUCGAUAUCUGGAGUGUUGGUGUCAUUGCCUACACACUUCUCUGUGGAUACACGCCCUUCUGGGGAGAGGACCAGGCGUCGUUGUUUGAGUGCAUCAUUUCGGGAGAGUACGAAUAUGAGGAGGAAUACUGGAAGGACAUUUCUGGACUCGCCAAGGCGUUCAUUGAUUCUCUCUUGGUGCGCCCCGCCGAAAAGAGACCCACAGCUACCCAGGCUUUGAACCACCCCUGGUUCCGUGCUAUGCUCGAACAGGACAUGGUCACCCCCCUCUCGCCCGCCGACAGCGUCAACCUGUUGCCCGGUGUCCGCAAGAACUUCAACGCCCGCUCUGCGUUCAAGAAGGCCGUCCGUGCUGUUGGACUUAUUCGCAAGAUGCAGACCUCUUCGGGAUCGUCGUUUGGUUCUGGUGAGGAUGUACGCGAUUCUGAGCAGGUUGUUGUGACCAGUGGCAAGAACACCCGCCCUUCGAGCACCCUCAGCUUCCAUGAUAUUGUUAGCGCUGCUGUCCUGAACAAGAAGGGACUUGACCUUGGGGCAACGGAGGAAGGCGAUGAGGAGGUGGGCAAGGUCGAUGAGGUUCUUUCUGACUUAACCAUCAAGGACGCUUAA